GAUAGGAUUGCCAGUGUCUUUGCACAGUUUGAGGACUCUCCAUCUGGCCUCUGCUUCCCUGGGUUAGGAGAUAUUUUCAGGCGUAGGGCGGCAUUUCGGGUGGAUGAAACACUGUUUUAGCGGGCCGGUCAGCACCCUUAAACGCCUCAGUUUGCUGCUUGGUCCACGCUGGACUGAAGUCUUGCAACCAUGGCUUUGAAGAUUGUUAAAGGCAGCAUUGAUCGGAUGUUUGACAAAAACCUUCAAGACUUAGUACGUGGCAUUAGGAAUCACAAGGAAGAUGAGGCCAAAUACAUCUCCACCUGCAUUGACGAGAUCAAACAGGAGCUCAAACAGGACAACAUCGCUGUCAAAGCCAACGCUGUCUGCAAACUCACCUACUUGCAGAUGUUGGGUUACGACGUGAGCUGGGCUGCUUUUAACAUCGUGGAGGUCAUGAGCUCCUCCAAAUUCACAUACAAGAGGAUCGGCUACCUCGCAGCCUCACAGUGUUUUCACGAGGGCACGGAUGUCAUCAUGUUAACCACCAAUCAGAUCCGCAAGGAUCUCAGCAGUCCGAACCAGUAUGACACAGGAGUUGCUCUAACUGGUCUCUCCUGCUUCGUGACCCCUGACCUAGCACGUGACCUGGCUAAUGACAUCAUGACUUUGAUGUCUCACACUAAACCAUACAUCCGUAAGAAGGCCGUGCUGAUCAUGUAUAAAGUUUUCCUCAAGUAUCCUGAGUCCCUGCGACCGGCAUUCCCCAGACUGAAAGAGAAACUGGAAGAUCCAGAUCCUGGGGUUCAGUCAGCGGCAGUGAAUGUGAUCUGUGAGCUGGCCAGGAGAAACCCCAAAAACUACCUGUCCCUGGCCCCCCUCUUCUUCAAACUCAUGACCUCCUCCACCAACAACUGGGUUCUCAUCAAGAUCAUCAAACUGUUUGGUGCUCUGACUCCCCUGGAGCCUCGUUUGGGGAAGAAGCUGAUUGAGCCUUUGACGAACCUCAUUCACAGUACCUCUGCCAUGUCUCUUUUGUACGAGUGUGUCAACACUGUGAUAGCAGUGUUGAUAUCUCUGUCCUCUGGAAUGCCCAAUCACAGUGCUAGUAUACAGCUCUGUGUGCAGAAACUGCGCAUCCUGAUCGAAGAUUCGGACCAGAACUUGAAGUAUUUGGGCCUCCUGGCCAUGUCGAAGAUCCUGAAGACCCAUCCCAAGUCUGUGCAGUCCCACAAAGACCUGAUCCUGCAGUGUCUGGAUGACAAGGACGAGUCUAUCCGCCUCAGGGCCCUGGAUCUGCUCUACGGCAUGGUCUCCAAGAAGAACCUGAUGGAGAUCGUGAAGAAGCUGAUGUUGCACGUGGACAAGGCUGAAGGCACCACUUACAGAGACGAACUGCUCACCAAGAUCAUAGACAUCUGCAGUCAGAACAACUACCAGUACAUCACCAACUUUGAGUGGUAUAUCAGUAUCCUGGUGGAGCUGACUCGACUGGAGGGGACGCGACACGGUCACCUCAUCGCCUCUCAGAUGCUGGACGUGGCGAUCCGUGUGAAGGCCAUCCGCGGCUUCGCCGUGGCCCAGAUGGCCAUGCUGCUGGACAACGCCCACCUGCUGACCGGAAACACGCAACGCAACGGCAUCUGUGAGGUCCUGUACGCCGCUGCCUGGAUCUGCGGAGAGUUCUCCGAGCACCUGGAGGACCCCAUGCACACUCUGGAGGCCAUGCUUCGGCCCAAAGUGGCCACGCUGCCCGGACACAUCCAGGCCGUUUACGUGCAGAACGCUGCCAAGCUGUUUGCAACGGUGCUCCGUAAACAGGAGGGGGCGCCAGAUAGCCAGGCUGCACAGGAGACCAGUCAGCUCCUCAUCGACAGGCUCCCACUGUUUGUACAGAGCGCUAACCUGGAGGUGCAGGAGAGGGCGUCCUGCAUCCUGCAGCUGGUGAAGUACAUCCAGAAGCUUCAGCAGAAGGACGUGGAGGUGGCAGAGGAGGUGUCCGCCCUGUUUGCCGGGGAACUCAACCCUGUGGCCCCCAAGGCCCAGAAGAAAGUGCCUGUCCCUGAGGGUCUGGAUCUGGACGCCUGGAUUAACGACCCUCCGUCAGAGAGUGAGUCUGAGGAUGAGAAGCCUAAAGCCGUGUUUGCCAAAGAGGAGCCCAAGCACACACGCCCUCGACACCCAGAGGUCGACGAGAAAGAGCUGGCCAGGCGGAGGGAGGCGCGUAAACAAGAGCAGGCGAAUAAUCCAUUUUACAUCAAGUCCUCUCCAUCCUCUCAGAAGGUAUAUCAGGAUGCACCAGGUGUAGAGCACAUUCCAGUAGUGCAAAUCGACCUCAGCGUGCCUCUCAAAGUACCAGGAAUGCCCAUGUCUGACCAGUAUGUGAAGCUGGAGGAGGAGCGGAGGCAGAAGGAGAGGGCGGAGAAGAAGAAGAAGGAGAAGAAGAAGAAGAGGGAGAAGCGUGGGCGGGGAAAGAAAGGAGACUCGGGUCCGGAGAGCGAGGAGGACAUCACUCCGGCCCACCAGGUGGACAUCGUUACGGAGGAAAUGCCAGAGAAUGCCUUACCCAGUGAUGAUGACGACAAAGAUCCCAACGACCCCCACAAAGCUCUGGACAUUGAUUUGGACAAGCCGCUGAUGGACAGCGAGAAGCUUCCGGUCCGGACGCACCGCCCCGAGGUUCUGAAGAGUCCGGCGGAGGACGGAGACGGAGAGCCCGCCCAGGCCGAGCCCAAGAAGAGGAGCAGCAAGGAGAAGAAAGAAAAGAAGAAAGAUAAAGACAAGGACAGGAAGAAGAGCAAAGAGGAGAAAAAGAAGAAGAAACACAAACGCGACGCAGAGCCGGAGGAGCCAGUGGAGGAGCAGAUGGAGGAGCCUGUCCAAUCAGAGGCGAGUGCUGAGGUGGCAGCUCCGCCCACCUCCACACCCACAGAGGCUUCAGACCUGGACUUCUGGCUGUCAAAUGCUCCAGUCCUCUCAGCCAAUCAGGAGGUGGAACCAACUCCCCCAGAGACGACCUCCACCCCGGAGACGACCUCAGCAGCUGCACCAGAGUCCGAACCAGAGGAACCCAAAGACACAGAACCAGAGGAGACGAAGUCCUCCAAACACAAGAAGAAGAAACAGAAGAAGGAGAAGGAGGACAAGGAAAAGAAGAAGAAGAAACGACACCAUCAUCAUCACCACCACAGCGAUGGAGCCGGGGACGAGUCCGUACAGAACGGCACCGUCGAGGAGGAGGAGCCUCUCCCUCCCAUGUCUAACUACUGUCUGCUGGCAGAGAACUCCUACAUUAAGAUGGUGUGCGACAUCCAGGGGAACCUGCAGGAUGGCAGUCAGGUGGUGGUGUCCGUCAUCUUCGAGAACAAAAGUGACUGCUUCCUCAAAUCCAUGGAGUUCAACGUGCUGGAUUCUCUCAACUCCAAACUGCAGCGGCCAGAGGGGGCGGGGCCACACGACGGCCUCACCGUCCCCUUCCAGCUGCCCCCUGGAGUGUCGAACGAAGCACGUUUCGUCUUUUCUGUUCAGAGCAUCGUAAUGCCACAGAAACUGAAGGGAACGCUCACCUUCAUCGUCAAGUCUGAGGACUCCUCCACUCACGAAAAACUGGACUUCAAGCUACACUUCACCUGCACGUCCUACCUGAUCACCACGCCUUGCUACAGUGAUGCGUACGCCAAGCUGCUUGAGUCUGGGGACUUGAAGGCGAGCUCUUUGAAACUGGAGGGAGUCAACAUGCCUUUCCAUCACCUGCUGGCCCGAAUCUGCUUCCACCAUCACUUCUCCGUUGUGGAGCGAAUCGAUUCCUGUGCCUCCAUGUACAGCAGGUCAAUCCAAGGGCAUCACGUCUGUCUGCUGGUGAAAACUUCGGGUGAGACGGUGUCCAUCGAUGCUAAAUGUGAUGAGCCGUCCCUGCUGGGGAACGUACUGGAGGAAAUCAAACAGACUUUCUCACGGUGCUGAUGGACCCACCUCAAC